AUGGAGGCGCAAAAAGACGACGAUGAUGAUGUCUACACAACGAGCUGCCCGAUUUGCUUUGCGGAGGAAGUGUCGUUGGCCAAGUCUCCCACAUGUGGUCAUGCCUUUUGCAUUGACUGUCUGAGACAGUUCUUUGCUCUGCCAGAAGAAGAAGAAGAAACAACAGCAAUCACCAGUCAGCAAGAUCCACAGCAGGAUGUUGACCAAGAAGCGGAAGAAGAAGAGUCUGCAAGCACCCUCCAAUUUUUGCUGCAGAAUCAAAAUGCGGACAAUAUUGCCACCAUUGGACGAUGUCCUCUGUGUCGAAACCCCAUCAGUCUGUUGACCAUGGUACACAGGCUCACGGGUCGACCUGUGUGGACCAGUGGCCGUGUCACGCGCUUGGAGGAAUCGCCACUGGCAGGGAAAAUAUUUGCCACGAGACGAGGAAUUGGAUUCAACAGUUUCCAUUUUCCACCUCAUGACAACCACCACAACAAUAAUACAGAACAACAACAACCCAGCCGUCCUUUUAUGCUGUGGAAAGACGACAAGGCACUGUAUACUCACCACAACAACAACAAUACGAAAGAGGAACAAACCAAGUAUUACUUGGACCAAGGUUGUUUCUACUUUAUUCCCAAGCGAACAUUUCAUGGUACCGUUUCUCUCCCAGAUUCACACGGCAAUCCACAACAACAUGAUGUGCUAUUGUGCUUUGCACCAAAUCAUUCCUCCAUCAAUGGAGGAUUCAUGCUGCGACGGGCCAGUCAACCACCAACACCCAAAACAUCAUCAUCAGAACAACCACUGCCAUUGUGUUGUUACCAACCCUUGGAUGGAUCUUGGUGGGUCAGCUGGUAUCGAGAAAAACCUCAGAGUCCGGUGGGAACACCCGAAGCCGACCGACUCAUCUUCAACGAGGAUCAGAUUCAAAUCAAGGACAAUGUGGUAUACGUCCCUGGUGGGUUGCAAUACUUGAUUCGAUACGAAACAGAUCAAAUAUACUUUCAUUGGCCCGAAUUGGGCGUCUUGCAAACGCUCGAUCCAAAAUGUGAUUUUCGCAAUGCUGACAACAACAAUACUGACGACGACAAUAAUACUGACGAAAAUACUGACGACGACAGCCAUGAGACCAAAAUCCCACCACCCAUUGGAUACGAGCUCCACUGGCACACUACCAGCAAACAGCAACCCUUUAUUUGUUGGAAGCGAGAGACUAUUGAAAGUCCACCCACAGGCACCGCUGCUGCCGUGGUGGAAUACUUGGGUCUCUCGGGAGGACAGCAACAGCGUAUGAUUGACCCUGCCUUGAGCGCCAUGAUUGGACCAUGGUGGUACCGAGAAGUACGGCCCGUGGCGGCUGUCCAAACGAACAAGGAUGGACGACCUCCUUAUGUGGCCAAGCAGCUCUGGGGCAAUAGUUUCUGUCAAGGAAAAACCGUGGGUCUUGCCUCGUAUCAUUUUACUGCAACAAGCCAAAAAGAAGAAAAUGGCAGCCACAACAAUGGACAACAACAACACCAUGCCUACAUUUCGUAUGAAAACGAAAAAUGCUAUCAAUGGCCACCCCUAGACGAUGGAUCACCCAUUCCAGCGCAAGUGUACUUUCACAACAUUGCUUUCGAACAAGUUCAACAACCCACUCGAACUGCACCUGGAUCAGAAGACAAUAGUGGCACGGCAGAAUCUAUUACGCAUGUCGUGUUUCGUGGGACUAUUGAAUGGCUUCAUGACUAUGGCACUACGUGGCAAAACCAUAAGCGAUGGGAGUACGAGAUGCAGUUUGAUUCGCAAUUCACAUGCAUCGUGUCCGGUACCGUUCACUGCAUUACGGAGUCGGAUGAAAGACGUGAAAUGUCCACGUUCGGUACCAGUUUGGUCUACAUCAAUGCCGGUAUUGUGGGCGCCUUUGAUAUGUGGAUGAUGAAUAAUGGAGCUGCUUCUUCCAGCAGCGAUAACCAUGUCAACCAAAAUGGAGCCGUGGAAAAUGGGGCAGAUGAGGAGAGUAGCACUGCGCCGCAGCAAGAAUCCGAUUCCUAUCAACGUUACAAGAAUCUGUCGCGUGAUUUGCGGGUACGACUGCAGGAGGAAGGUGCUUCGGUCAGAACUGUAGCCAUCUUGAAUGCAGUCCUGACACGGUCGCAACAGCCAGGAGGCGAGUCACCUAUAGACUAUAACGUAUAG